AUAAAUAAAAAUGCGAAUAUAAACGUCCCUAACACGUCUUUAUGUUUCACUAUUAUCCUCCUCCUUUCUCUCUUCAAUUAUUCUUUCUCUGAGCUGUAUCCAAAAAAGAAAAAGAAAAAACUCUCUCGAACUCUCGCAAGCUUCUCAAUGGAUCACUACGGUCGUCAACAACCGUAUGGAGACGGAGGGAUGCAGAUCCAGCCUUACCACGGCGGUCCAAGAACCGGCGACUUCAGGAGCUACAGCGCCUCGUACGCGACUGCUACAGAGAACAACAUAUACGAUAUCAAGAAGGAGAAGUCGAUAGAGAGGUCGAAGUCUUGGGGGAUAACGGACCCGGAGCUGCUGAGGAAGAAAAGGGUCGCGAGUUAUAAGAUGUAUAGUGUUGAAGGAAAAGUCAAAGGGUCGUUUAGAAAAAGUUUUAGAUGGCUUAAGCAGAGGUAUACACAGGUCCUCUAUGGCUAGUGAUGAUAUAUAUAUCUAUAUGUGCUGUGUUUUUCAAUGUAACUGUGAUGGAUGAAUGGCUACAAACUAUACAUGAUCAAAUUAGUUUUACAUAUUUUUCCUGAGU